UUUUAAAAUAAUCAAAUUAGUCAUUGCAUAAAAAUACAAACAAGUUAGAGUUUAGUUGUUCUGAUAUUCUCUGUUUGUAUUGAAGAAAAUUGCAAAAAAGUGAAAGUGGCGUGCUUGUUCGUGAAUCAUCGCUCAUCAUAAAAGGAUAUAAUAACGCGAAUGACUAAUCCGUAAUUAUCAACUAGUAUACCUCUUCAAAUAUUAUUUUCGACACGUAGCAGUGGCAACGCAUUUACUCUACAUUUAUAUUUAUACGCAAAUUUAAUUUCACAACGUCAUUCAACUUCAAAUCAACUUUAUCCCAUAAUGGCCGAUCCUCGCAUUCGCACGUUGAAAAUCAAGACCGGCGUUGUUCGCAGAUUGGCAAAAGAAAAGCUCACAUACGAAAAGGAGGCUGAUCAGCAGCGCACACGCAUUGAGAAGUACCAAACUGAAGGUAAGGAUGAAUAUGACAUCCGUAAACAGGAGGAAGUCCUUCAAGAGUCUGUGAUGAUGGUCCCGGAUUGCCAACGUCGUCUUGCAAAAGCAUAUGAAGAAUUGCAGACAAUUCUUAACUCGGAGACAGAUCUCAAAGAAUCUGAAGAUUAUCAAACUGCGUUGACUACUCUGGAGGAGGCCAAGGCACAGUUACCAAAACCUGAAGAGGGUGCACAAAUGUGUUAAGACCGCCUUACUACCUAUAAUUUUACUGAUCUAAUAUUAAUUAAUUAAAAAGUAUAUUCAAAUAA